UGCGUUUGUAUGGCAACCCUAGCUUAAUGCAGCUGGCAUCAUAAUUCUAAACAGCUGAGUUAUUACCCAUUAAAACACGAGAGGAAAAAGAGCAAAGAAUAUCUGGAAAAAAUCAAGGAUUGUUGGGGAAAAAUACAAUAAAACUAUACACAUAAUAAUAUCAGUGCGUUGAUAUUCAAUAUAUAUAAAAAUAUAAACAUUUGUUACGCGUGUGUGUGUGUGCUCGCGUACAUGAGAAGCGUGAGUAAUAAUUGUAAACGACGAUAGCAGCAAACACAGGAGCCCAGCAGUGACGCCAUUUUCUGUGCAAAUCAGCAAAGAAAAAAAUCAAAAUCAGAGCAGGUGGGGCAAAAAUCAGACGCAACGGCAACGCCGCGUGACCAAAUAGACGAACAACAGCAGAGACAGCGACAGAAAGAGAGAGAGAGAGAGGAAGAGAACGCGGACCGGAUACGGGCAGACAGGAAAACAACAGAUCAAAAAAAAAAAAAAACCAAACCGCAUAAAUUCAAUGAGCAGUCUAAUCAACUUUCUCAAUCCGAAACUCAAGCCGUCUGUGGAAUGUGAUGCCGUCUGCGAGGAUGGCUACACGGCUGCCAAUCUCAUUGCGGACGAUGCCGAGCAGGUGGAGCGUGGUUUUAUGUGCUUUGCCGUCUGCAAGCCACCCGUUGAGAUUGUCUUUGACUUUCCCAAGGCCAUCGAUUUGAAGGUGAUCAAACUGUGGCCCAGUUCCGGUGCCCUGCGCUCCACGGGCUUCGAGGUCCACGGCAAAUACGAUGGCAUCUGGGAACGUGUCGCCUAUGUGCGUGACCUACCCAAGGGUAUGGAUUCGGUCACUUUCUGCUACCAGAGCGAUUACAAUUCACGUAGCAGUGCCGCCGCCGCCCAACAGCACAGCGAGAAAGUGUUCUUCUUUAAGACGGCCCACAAAAUCCUGGGCACCACAAACAGCGUAAAGAUUGUCAUACGGGCAACGGAACGUUGUCCGCCGGUGCUGCGCAAAAUACAAAUGUGGGGUCUGCCCGCACGCAGCCUGGACAAAGCGGAUCGCGAGUUAAUGAAGACAAUUUGGAGCGAGAUAAGUGAUCCGUACGGCCUGAGGGAUCAGGCCCAGCAGCAGCAGGCGGGCCAACGUUCGCCCUCGCGUCACAUUCCCGAGCUGCGCGAACAGUCCUCACUGGAGAUACCCGAGGAGUUUCUUGACUCCAUCACUUGGGAGCUAAUGACAUUUCCCACGGUGCUGCCAUCUGGCAAGGUUGUCGACCAGUCUACCAUAGAUAAGCACGCGGAGGAGGAGGCCAAGUGGGGUCGCCUGCCAUCCGAUCCGUUCACGGGCCUCGAAUACACCUCACAGCGCAAAGCGAUACUAAAUCUGGCGAUUAAGGCACGCAUCGAAAAGUUUCUAAUGGAGCACUCGGAGCACUUCAAGUCGGUGCCCCGUUGCCUGGGCAGCUCGCGCAUGCGUCGCCGCCACGCCUCCCAAUUCGCCAGUCACAUGUGCCUGCCGCCGGGCAGCAGUCUGGCAGCUGGCACAUAUUCCUCAUUGAGCAGCGUUUACAAGCAGCAUCUGCAUCAGCAGCGCAAGACCAAAUCGACCGUAACGGCUACGGCGACAUCGGCUUUCUCAGGCAGCGGUUCCCUUUCGCCCACUUCGCCGCCAGCAGCGAAACGGCUGCGACCCACUUACUCCACAUCAUCUACCGUUAGCGCCACAGUCACUGCCAGCAAUGCUGCAAUCGAUCCAACCACGACAUCGACACCGACAUCCUCUUCGGGCAGCACGGCAACGUCUUCCAUUGACCAGGCCAUCCAAACGGCUCUGCAGAAGAUCACCCGUUUCUCGCAGGUGGGCAGCGCCACACCGCUGCAACCGCCGAGUUGCAUCAACUGUCGCAGCGGUCAGUUCGCCUACGAGAUUCGCACCUGUCGCCAUCUCGUCUGUCGCGAGUGCCUCGUCAUGUUGUCCGCGACGCAGCAGUGCGUCUGCAAGGUCACGUUCAGGGGCGUCGACGUGGAGCGCUAUCACAAGCUGCCGUAGUCGUCUGCGACGCAAUAUAUACGAUAUAUAGUCUCUUAUUCUAGUGCUUCAAUAUAUAUAUAUAUAUA